ACCUUGCCGCACCGUUCCCCCCUGUAUCAACAUGUAUUAAGUGCAGUAAGACAUGACACUCAAUUUUUUGUCGAAAUAAGAAAGACAAACAGUAGCUAGUAGGCACCAUUGACUGGCACAAGGUAUCAAGUUUUUUUUUGAUAACUCAACAUCAGAGACCUCGACCUCUGAUUGAACUGCACGUGACUUCCAGACGUAGCUACAUUUUUCGGAAUUCGAACGCUGUCUAGAUUCACCACUCGGAUUAGAAAACAACACGGUGUCUUUUUUAUCAGAACGACGAUUUUACAGUUUACUGACCACCUGUAUUCAGAACGAAAUUACCUUAGAUUUAAUUAGCAGAUUAGCUAGCUACGUCCACAAAUAUUUGUGCAAAAGCGACUGUUAACAAGAUUGCAAUCCAGCGACUGACAUGUAGCUAACUUCCAAAAAUGAGGAAGAAACAGAUGUCUAGUCGAGUUAGCAAUUUGAAGCGGCGAAAGGAGAAGUGCACUCGUGCCUCAAGCGACCUAAACCUCAAGGUGAAGAGUUCAGAUAAGAGUUCAGUGAAGAGGAUGGAUGUAAAAAAAACGAAAUUGGAAGACUCAAAAACCGAAAUGCCCCUGAAUGACUGUAUGGUUGGCGGUUGUAGGGCGUCAACAACCACUUCUGAGAAGCUCAGCUGUGAUGGUUAUAAGUGGGAUGAAAAGACAAGGUGUGGAGCACCACCAGACAUGGAUGAAUUGUGGGAAGGUAAAGAGAAUGGUCUGAGAUUUGAGUUGAAUUACUGCAAAACAAACGGGUUACCAGAGAAUAUGGAGGGUGACGAAACUGAAGAGGGUGUUGUGAUUGACAAGAGCAUCUUCCUUGACGAUGACAGUAACCAGGUUCUUCCUGUGGAAAAGUUCUUCGGAAACAUGGAAGUUGUACAGGAUUGUCCACCGAGAUCUGCAGCCUCCUCGACCUUCAGCAGGAGGGAGCACCGGAGACGACAGUACUACGCCAAAGAGGACAGUGAUGAAGAAGAGGGCUACACAGACAUGCAGCAAGAUGACAUAGGUGGCACUUAGUUUACAGAAAUAACUAAUUCAUAUCAAUGGAAUGGAUUAAAACCUCUGUCCUUUUACUAGCCUAAUGGCAGAUAAGCCUUGGAAAGUGGGUUUGUUCAAUGGAACGAGGGUAUCAAGUUAACUUUUUGCCAGCAUGUAACCCAAAGUUUAAACAUUUGUAUUGCUAUUUAAAAAGCUAUUUGCACUAACAAAAUAACUAUUUGAUUUUCAAUUAUCAGGACCUAUAGUUUAUAGUGUGUGUGUAUAUAUUGUUUAAUUGGUACAGGGUAAGCGCUCGUUCUAUUUUUUUUUUUAUUGAAUGUGUCUUUUACUAUGUUGUUACUGGUUGCCUUGUCAGUAUGUAUGCACAAUAAUAGCUUUUUAUUUGGCGUUUUUAUAUUGCUAUGUAAUAGCACGACUGAAUGAAUGCAACAUAUAAAUCAUGUAGUCUUUAGGCAGGUUUCCAAUGACCCAGGUUUAUUCGACAAAAGCAAUGUAGAAAAAAAUAAUAAUUGUGACGUGUAAUGGAAACGGCAGAUAUAGGAAACCAUUUCUAAAGAUCUACAACAUUUUUAUCUGUUCGACGGGUGGGAUUUUCCUUUCGUCAAACCUUCUUUGCGACAAAUGAUGAUGGAAACUGUUUUUAGAAUAAAUAAUUGCUGAAUUCUUUGGAAGGUA